AUGCCGCUCGCUCAGUUGGCAGACCCGUGGCAGAAGAUGCCUUUGGGCACCGCUGGAGAGGAGCCACAUCACGAAGCCGAGGACUCAGUGGGAGACGACGACUCUGCUCUGGACGAUGUUCCCAUCAAAGAGAUCAGCAUCACUCACCACGUGAAGGAAGGCUGCGAGAAGGCCGACGCCAGGCAGUUCGAGCUCAGAAAAGUGCUGGGCCAGGGAUCGUUUGGAAAGGUGUUUCUUGUGAAGAAAGUGACUGGGCCAGACGCUGGGCAGCUCUACGCCAUGAAAGUCCUCAAGAAGGCCACGCUAAAAGUUCGAGACAGAGUUCGGACGAAGAUGGAACGUGACAUCCUGGUGGAGGUCAAUCAUCCGUUCAUUGUGAAGCUGCACUACGCGUUCCAGACGGAGGGGAAGCUCUACCUGAUCCUGGACUUUCUCCGAGGAGGCGACCUCUUCACCCGUCUCUCCAAAGAGGUGAUGUUCACGGAGGAGGACGUGAAGUUCUAUCUGGCUGAACUGGCUCUGGCCCUGGAUCACCUCCACGGCCUCGGAAUCAUCUACAGAGACCUCAAACCAGAAAACAUCCUUCUUGAUGAGGAAGGACACAUAAAGCUGACAGACUUCGGUUUGAGUAAAGAGUCGAUAGAUCACGAGAACAAGGCGUACUCCUUCUGUGGCACGGUGGAGUACAUGGCUCCUGAGGUGGUGAACCGCCGAGGACACACGCACAGCGCCGACUGGUGGUCAUACGGAGUACUGAUGUUCGAGAUGUUGACGGGAACGCUGCCGUUUCAGGGAAAGGACCGGAAAGAGACCAUGACCAUGAUCCUCAAAGCCAAAUUAGGAAUGCCACAGUUUCUCAGCUCAGAGGCACAAAGUUUACUACGGAACCUGUUCAAGAGAAACCCGGCCAAUCGACUCGGAGCUGGUCCCGAUGGUGUGGAGGAAAUCAAGAGACAUCAGUUUUUCAACACAAUCGACUGGAAUAAAUUGUUUAGAAGAGAGAUCCCUCCUCCGUUCAAACCAGCAGCCGGACGUCCAGACGACACGUUUUACUUUGACCCAGAGUUCACCGCAAAAACCCCCAGAGAUUCUCCCGGGGUUCCUCCCAGUGCAAACGCUCACCAGCUCUUCAGAGGCUUCAGCUUCGUGGCCAUAACCGAGGAGGAGACUCAGCCGGCGCCCAACACCCUCGUACAGAAGUUGCACAGAAGCACGUCGCACUUCUCCGACCUGUACGACAUCAAAGAGGACAUCGGAAUCGGCUCCUACUCCGUCUGCAAACGCUGCAUCCACAAAGGCACCGGCAUGGAGUACGCUGUCAAGAUCAUCAACAAGUCCAAACGAGACCCGACGGAGGAGGUGGAGAUCCUGCUUCGAUACGGACAGCACCCCAACAUCAUCACGCUCAAAGACGUCUACGAUGACGGCCGCUCAGUCUUCCUGGUCACGGAGCUGAUGAAAGGAGGAGAACUUCUGGACAAAAUCCUGAGGCAGAAGUUUUUCUCUGAGCGAGAAGCGAGUGCGGUUCUCUACACCAUCACCAGGACGGUGGAAUACCUACACGUCCAGGGGGUCGUGCACAGAGACCUGAAGCCCAGCAACAUCCUGUACGUGGACGAGAGCGGGAACGCCGAGUCCAUCAGAAUCUGUGACUUUGGUUUUGCCAAACAGCUGCGAGCGGAGAACGGGCUGCUCAUGACGCCGUGCUACACCGCCAACUUUGUCGCCCCAGAGGUGUUGAAGAAGCAGGGCUACGACGCGGCCUGUGACAUCUGGAGCCUGGGAGUGCUGCUCUACACCAUGCUCACUGGGUUUACUCCUUUUGCUAACGGCCCGGAGGACACGCCGGAGGAGAUUCUAGCUCGCAUCGGCAGCGGAAAGUUCUCUCUGAGCGGAGGAUACUGGACCUCGGUGUCUGCAGAGGCCAAGGGCCUUGUGUCUAAGAUGCUCCAUGUGGACCCUCACCAGCGCCUGACCGCGGGGCAGGUGCUGCGACACCCCUGGAUCACACACAGAGACCAACUCCCCAAAUACACACUGAACAGACAGGACGCACCACACCUCGUCAAGGGGGCGAUGGCAGCGACGUACUCUGCCCUGAACAGAAACGUGCCUCCCGUCCUGGAGCCUGUGGGCUGUUCGACUCUGGCCCAACGACGAGGCAUCAAGAAACUCACCUCCACCGCCCUGUGA